AAGGUGAUCAACAUGCUUCCUGUAAUAGUGGUCCAAGGGGGUGCUGGCACUGUGCCAAGUGAGAGAUCAGAGAAGUCCAAGGCUGGGGUUUGUGCAGCUGUUCGAGCUGGGUUUGCCAUCCUCCGGAGUGGGGGAAGUAGCAUGGAUGCUGUGGUUGAGGCUGUGACCAAGCUGGAAAAUGACCCCAAUUUCAAUGCAGGGUGUGGGUCAGUACUAACUACCAGUGGAAAUGUGGAGAUGGAUGCCAUUGUGAUGGAUGGUAAAACACUUGCAAGUGGUGCCGUCUCAGCUGUACGCAACAUAGCAAACCCUGUGCAGCUAGCAAGGCUGGUAAUGGACAAGACCAGUCAUAACUUUCUGACAGCACAUGGUGCUAAUGAGUUUGCCCGGGCCAUGGGAGUCCCAGAGGUGCCCCAAGAAUCCCUCAUCACCGAAUACUCUCGAAUGCGUUGGAGAAAGAACCUUGCACCUGAUGCUAACCCUGUGGAGUGCCAAAUGGGAAAGAUGGGCACUGUCGGAGCUGUGGCAGUUGACGCCGAAGGAAAUGUAGCGUGCGCUACUUCUACUGGUGGGAUUCUGAACAAGAUGGAAGGACGUGUGGGUGACACACCUUGCAUAGGAUGUGGAGGCUAUGCUGAUAAUCAGGUUGGAGCUGUGUCAACAACAGGCCACGGAGAGGCUAUAAUGAAGGUUACUCUUGCCCGACUUAUCCUGUUUCACAUGGAGCAAGGUCUGUCAGCAGAGGCAGCCUCUGAUUUGGGCCUGGAUUACAUGAAGUCUAGAGUGCAUGGAUUGGCUGGGGUGGUGACAGUGGAUCCCCAGGGUCACUGGGCUGCCCGCUUCUCCAGCCUUCAAAUGGCCUGGGCUGCAGCCCAGAAAGACACCUUGCACUAUGGCUUGUAUGCUGGAGAACACUUUACCAAAGGCAUUGAUGAACCGUAG